GAGACGGGAGACCGGCCGGCCGGGGAGCCGUUCUGUUAGGGCACUGUGGUAUCACUCGCAAGGGCGUCCUUGUCUGAUUGCUUGCUUGGUUCUUUUUGUCUCUGUUCUUGUUGCCUUUCUGACUUUUCUGACGGACGGUUUCAUUAUGGGACAGACUGUGACUACACCCUUAUCCCUCAUCCUUGACCACUUCUCGGAAGUGAAAUAUAGGGCACAUAACCUCUCAGUGGAAGUUAGAAAAGCGAAGUGGCGAGCCUUUUGUUCCUCGGAAUGGCCUGCCUUUCAGGUUGGAUGGCCACCGGAGGGCACCUUUCACCUUGACACGAUUCUUGCUGUUAAGGCUAAGACCCUCCAAGCACAAGGGGACCAUCCUGAUCAGGUACCUUAUGUCCUAACCUGGGAGGAUAUUGUUCGCCAUCCACUCCCCUGGGUGUGUCCCUUUGUUCUCCCCACAGAGACUCCGUCGACAACUGUUUGUGCCAUUAAGGAAGAGGAGAAAAAGAAAGUGCUCACUUCUCCAGAAGCAGACCUCCUCCUUUUUGACCUUCCGCCCCCUUAUCCGCCAGCCAUGGCCCCUACCCCUGCCAGUUCCCUGGCUGGUUCUCCUGCCAGACCUCCGACCGUUUUCCCUGUCAGGGGCCCAGCAGCUGCAACACGGAGCCGCAAAGCGAUUCAGCUAGACUCAGUGGCUCUCCCCUUACGAGCCUAUGGUUUCCCAGAUGGGGAUGGGAACCAACCUCUUCAGUACUGGCCUUUUUCCUCAGCUGAUCUCUGCAAUUGGAAGGCUCACAAUCCCCCUUUUUCUGAGAACCCCCAAGCCUUGACUGACUUGUUUGAAUCUGUCCUUUUCUCUCACCAGCCCACUUGGGAUGAUUGCCAACAGCUUUUACAGACCCUGACUACCGAGGAGAGGGGACGAGUUCUUCUAGAAGCAAGAAAGAGUCCCGGGGCGGAUGGGAGGCCUACAGUUCUCCCCAAUGAGAUUAAUAAUGGGUUUCCCCUCUCUCAUCCUGAUUGGGAUUACAAUACACCAGAGGGUAGGCAGCACUUGAAGGUUUACCGCCAGACUCUAAUGGCGGGUCUCCGUGGGGCUGCUCAAAGACCCACCAAUUUGACUAAGGUAAGAAAAGUGGUCCAGGGGCCGGAGGAAUCUCCUGCAGCCUACUUAGAAUGGCUGAUGGAAGCGUUCUGCCGGUUUACUCCCUAUGACCCUGCUUCAGAUGAGCACAAGGCAACAGUAGCUGUAUCUUUCAUAGAUCAGUCAGCUAGGGAUAUUCGUAGGAAACUUCAGAAAUUAGAAGGUCUGCAGGAUAAGUCAUUGAAGGAUUUAGUGCAAGUAGCAGAGAAAGUCUUCUAUAGUCGAGAAACAGAAGAAGAAAAAGAAGAGAGAAAACAAAAAAAAAAACAAGAGAGAGAGAGAGAGAGAGACAAGAGGCAGGAUAAAAAAUUGACUAAGAUUCUGGCCACCGUAGUUCAGGAAAGUCAUACUGAAAGGGAGAGAGUUCUUGGCAACCGUAAGGGCCCUUUGUCUAAGGACCAGUGUGCCUACUGCAAGGAAACAGGACACUGGAGAAGGGAUUGCCCCAAAAGGAAGAAGAAGCAGCUAAAUUCUCGAGCCACAGGGACCAGGGUCCUGACCUUGAACAAUGACAGCGAUUAGGGAGGACGGGGUUCGGUUCCCCUCCCCAAACCCAGGGUAACCCUCAAGGUGGAGGGGAAGCCAGUCCAUUUUCUAGUGGAUACUGGUGCUCAGCAUUCAGUUCUUUUGCAAGCUCAGGGGCUAAGAAAGGAAAAAAAAUCAUGGGUUCAAGGGGCCACUGGAUGUAAGCAAUAUACAUGGACUACCCGAAGAACAGUGGACCUCGGAGUGGGCCGGGUAUCCCACUCGUUCUUAGUCAUGCCUGACUGCCCAUACCCAUUGCUGGGAUGGGAUAUCCUGACCAAAAUAGGAGCCCACAUCUAUUUUAACCCAGAAGGCCCACAGGUUACAGAUAAAAGAGGGGAUCCUAUUCACGUGUUUACAAUUCAUUUGGAAGAUGGAUACCGGCUAUUUAAAAAUUUAAAAGAGGGGAAAAAAGACAUUGACUGGUGGGUAAAAAAAUACCCUGAGGCCUGGGCUGAAACAGCCGGUUUAGGGAAAGCAAGAAAGCAACCACCAGUCCAGAUAGAGCUAAAACCUCAGGCAGCCCCAGUUGCAGUGCGGCAGUAUCCAAUGUCUAAGGAAGCCCAUGAUGGGAUUCGCCCUCAUAUACAGCGACUCCUUGACCUAGGGGUUUUGAAAAGAUGUCAAUCUACUUGGAAUACUCCAUUACUGCCGGUCCGGAAGCCUGGGAGCAACGAUUAUCGGCCUGUACAAGACCUGAGGGAAGUUAACAAACAGGUUGUGGACUUACAUCCAACAGUCCCCAACCCGUAUAACCUGCUGAGCUCCCUUCCCACUGACAGAGUCUGGUAUACAGUUCUAGACCUUAAAGAUGCAUUCUUUUGUCUUCAACUUAGCCCUGCCAGCCAAGACAUUUUCGCUUUUAAAUGGAAAGAUCCCGACUCCGGGGUCUCGGGCCAACUAACAUGGACUCGACUUCCCCAGGGAUUUAAGAAUUCUCCUACCAUAUUUGAUGAAGCCCUGCACCGAGACCUGGCACACUUCCGGGCCACAAAUACUCAGGUAACUCUUCUCCAGUAUGUGGAUGACAUCUUACUAGCUGCAGAUUGUCAAAAAACCUGUCUCGAAGCCACCGGCCAACUGUUACAAUAAUUGGGCGAACUCGGCUAUAGAGCAUCAGCAAAGAAGGCCCAGAUAUGUCGGAAACAGGUCAGUUACCUGGGGUAUAUACUAAAGGAAGGAAAAAGAUGGUUAUCGGAGGCUAGAAAAGAGACUGUGUUUCAUAUUCUCCCUCCACAAACUACAAAACAACUGAGGGAAUUUCUUGGUACAGCGGGGUUUUGCCGAUUAUGGAUUCCUGGGUUCGCUGAAAUGGCAGCCCUUCUGUAUGCCCUUACAAAGGGCAAUGACUCUUUUUCCUGGGGAAAGGAUAAACAGGCUGCAUUUGAUAAUAUUAAACAGGCUUUAAUGUCAGCUCCAGCCUUGGGACUUCCUGAUGUCACUAAACCUUUUCAUCUCUAUGUGGCCGAGAACCAGGGGAUGGCUAAAGGGGUGUUAACUCAAAAGAUUGGACCCUGGAAGAGACCGGUAGCUUAUCUAUCCAAAAAGCUUGAUCCAGUAGCAGCAGGAUGGCCGACCUGCCUUCGGAUAAUAGCAGCAGUCGCCUCAUUGGUAAAGGAUGCUGACAAGCUGACCUUGGGACAAGAUCUUACUGUUUAUGCCCCUCAUGCCCUUGAGAGUGUUGUCAGACAGCCACCUGAUCUCUGGCUCACGAAUGCUCACAUGACUCAUUAUCAAACUUUGCUUUUAAAUAAUGACAGGAUUACUUUUGCCCCAGCAACGGGGCUAAACCCUGCCACCCUGUUACCAGAUCCAGAGAUUCAGCCCCCAGAGCAUGAUUGCUUGCAGGUGUUGGCGGAAAAACAGGGAUGGCAAAAGGACUUAGAAGACCAGCCUCUGCCGGAUGCAGAGGUGACAUAUUACACAGAUGGGAGUAGCUUUAAAAAAAAAAAAAAAAGCGGGAGCAGCAGUGGUGGAUGGACACAAGGUAAUAUGGGCCCAAGCGCUGCCUGAAGGCACCUCUGCUCAACGGGCAGAACUAAUUGCCUUAACUCAAGCAUUAACUUUGGGGAAAGACAAAAAGAUAAACAUCUACACUGACAGCAGGUAUGCCUUUGCUACGGCCCAUGUGCAUGGGGCCAUCUACCAGCAGAGAGGCCUAUUGACGUCAGCCGGUAAAAAAAUUAAAAAUAAAAAUAAAAUCUUGGCCUUGCUCAAUGCCUUACUACUGCCCACCAAGAUAAGCAUAAUUCACUACUGAGUUGCCAGAAAAGGAACAGCUAAAAUACUCAGAGGAUGACCUGGAGCAAAUACAGAGAAAACAAGAGACAUUCGACGCUAAUGUGGGAGCAUGAAUUGACUCCAAAGGUAAGAUCAUUUUGCCACAGGAAGAUGCUAAGAGACUAAUAGCGCAAAUGCAUCAAUGGGCUCAUUUAGGGGCAAGGAAAGUGACUGAAAUUGUUCUCCAAUCUCCUUACCGAAUACUAAACCUCACUGCUCUAACCGAAAAAGUGACUCAGACAUGUAUCCCUUGCCAAAAGGUAAACGUAGGGAGGAAUUUCCAAAGCUCGGGAAAAAGGCUAAGGGAAACUAGACCUAAAAUGCAUUGGGAAGUGGACUUUAUCGAGAUCAAGCUGGCCAGGUAUGGAAAUAAAUACCUUCUAGUCUUUGUAGAUACCUUUUCAGGAUGGGUGAAAGCUUUUCCCACCAAAAAAGACACUUCUCUGGUUGUAGCCAAGAAGAUUUUAAAAGACAUUUUUCCCCAGUUUGGUGUUCCAAAGGUAAUCGGGUCAGACAAUGGGCCAGCCUUCCUUGCUCAGGUAAGUCAGGAGGUGGCCAGAUUUUUGGGGACUAAUUGAAAAUUACAUUGUGCUUAUAGACCCCGAAGUUCAGGACAGGUAAAAAAAACUGAAUAAAACUCUAAAAGAGACCCUUACUAAAUUGAUCAUGGAGACUGGCGGUGACUGGGUGGUACUCCUCCCUCUGGCUCUUUUUAGGGUCAGGAAUACUCCUUCCUUGUUAAAUCUUACGCCUUUUAAACUAUUGUAUGGAGUUCCAGCUCCCUUGACUCUCCUUGGAGACCCUCUUGACAUAACUAGUGGUAACUCUGACUUGUUGUCCAGGUUA